UCGCCUCUUAAUAAGUAACUUGGAAGUAGAGGGGUGGGGAUGUCAGAAAUUGGCAGGUAAAAAAAAAAGGGAAGCGUCCAAUUAUAAAGGGAGAUUUUAUUUACUAACAAUCAUUUAAAGGGUGAAAGGUCUUUGCAUCUGCAGGUUUGCAUUAAAAAAAAAAAGGAGCGCACACCUUUUCUGGGCUUUUUCUGCAACACACCGACCCAAAAGGAACCAAGCAUGUCUCUGGAGGUGAAGGAGAAGACCCAGGUGCGAGUUGUGUUUCUGGGGGCAGCGGGGGUCGGCAAGACGGCUCUGAUCAGACGCUUCCUCCAGGACACCUUCGAGCCGAAACACAGGCGCACCGUGGAGGAGCUGCACAGCAAGGAGUACGACAUCGGCGGCGUCAAAGUCACCGUGGAGAUCCUGGACACCAGCGGCAGCUACUCCUUCCCCGCCAUGCGCAAGCUCUCCAUCCAGAACAGCGACGCCUUCGCCCUGGUGUACGCCGUGGACGACCCCGAGUCCCUGGAGGCCGUCAAGAGUCUCCGGGACGAGAUCCUGGAGAUCAAGGAGGACAAGUACACGCCGAUCGUGGUGGUGGGCAACAAGGCGGACAGGGAGGCGGAGCGCCAGGUGUCCGCCGACAACGUGCUGGCCACCGUGGAGAUGGACUGGAACAACAGCCACGUGGAGGCGUCCGCCAAGGAGAACACCAACGUGGUGGAGGUGUUCAAGGAGCUCCUGCAGCAGGUGAACCUGCCCAGCCGCCUGAGCCCGGCGCUCCGCAGGCGGAGGGAGACCUUCCCCAAGGGCACCGACUUUCGGCCGCCGAUGAACAAGACCAACAGCUGCAUCCUGUCAUAAAGAGGUUGGGAUUCACGGAGACAACCUGGGAGAAGUCCAACUCAGUUCUGCUGGACAGAAGGGAGGGGAAAAAAAGAGAGACCGAAACCCUGGAGACUUUGGUCCCCGUGUGAGGAAACGUCCAAGAGUAAACCCUGGACCAAAAGAGAUGUUUAAAACUAACCGCAUUUGUUGCUGCUUUUUAGUGACCCGCUGCUGGUGUUUAGAGAUCAAUUUAUAGGAUUGACAUGUCAAAUAAUAAAAGUAAAAAAAAAAAAA